ACCCAAAGAUCUUUUGUUUUUCCACACACACACACCCACACAACCACACCAGCCGAUAUCAUCCAAAAGCGGUGAAUACCCGCCUUGCACAUGCUUUCUUCUCAAUAAACCUCCUCUCUCUGUGGAUCGCUCUGUUUUCCUAAUUUCUUUCCCUUUAAAAAUUUCACACAAUUUCUCCAACCACUCAUUUUAUUUCCUUGCCCAUAGCUCUAGCAAAAACCCUAAAACAUAAUCGAACCGUAAUUCUCCUUUCAAAAUUGGUGUUUUUUCUAAAAAGCAGCAUUUGCAUUCGAAUUCGACUUCAAAUUCAAAAUCCGACCAUGGGGUAAAGAAGAAAAAGAAGAUAUAUAGACGCGAUGGAGUGGGACAGUAACUCGGAUUUGAGCGGAGAAGAUGAUGAUGUGAUUGAGGAAGAAGUCGACGACGAGUUAGAUGAGGAUGGGGAGAAGCUAGGGUUUAUGUUGAGUGGUGGCGGUGCGGCCUUGCCUUUUCCUAUUGACUCGCUUCUGCAACCGGCGCCCUGUGGUUUUGUUGUGACCGAUGCUUUGGAGCCCGACCAUCCGAUUAUAUAUGUCAAUUCUGUCUUUGAGAUGGUCACUGGUUACCGUGCUGAAGAAGUCCUUGGCCGCAACUGUCGCUUCUUGCAAUGUAGAGGCCCGUACGCCAAACGAAGGCAUCCUCUUGUGGACUCAACUGUAGUAGCAGAAAUUAGAAGAUGCAUUGACCAAGGGAUUGAAUUUCAAGGCGAAUUGUUAAACUUUAGAAAAGAUGGAUCUCCUUUGAUGAAUAGGCUGCGUAUGACUCCUAUAUAUGGGGAUGAUGAAGCAAUAACUCACAUUAUUGGUAUUCAAUUCUUCAAGGAAGUAAAUAUUGAUUUGGGUCCACUUCCAGGAUCCUUGGUAAAGGAGCCUACAAGACUACUGGAUAAGUACCGUUCUAGCCUUUCUUCUAGUGGACCAGUCUCAGAAGGAAACCGCACUAUCAGUCGUGGGUUUUGCGGUAUAUUGCAGUUGAGUGAUGAAGUCCUAGCCCUCAAGGUUCUUUCACGGUUGACCCCGAGAGACAUUGCGUCUGUUGGUUCUGUUUCUAGACGACUUUAUGAGCUGACAAAAAAUGAAGAUCUUUGGCGAAUGGUCUGUCAAAAUGCAUGGGGUAGUGAAACAACUCGUGUGUUAGAGACGGUGCCGGGAGCUAAAAGAUUGGGUUGGGGCAGAUUGGCUAGAGAAUUAACUACUCUAGAAGCGGCAGCAUGGAGGAAGCUAACUGUUGGAGGUGCUGUUGAACCUUCACGUUGCAACUUCAGUGCAUGUGCAGUAGGGAACCGUGUUGUACUCUUUGGUGGAGAGGGGGUCAACAUGCAACCAAUGAAUGAUACUUUUGUAUUGGACUUGAAUUCCAGCAAUCCAGAGUGGAAAUAUGUCAAAGUCAGCUCUCCUCCUCCUGGACGUUGGGGGCACACACUCUCUUGUGUGAAUGGAUCUCAUCUUGUUGUGUUUGGAGGCUGUGGAAGGCAGGGCCUCCUGAAUGAUGUCUUUGUGCUGGAUUUGGAUGCCAAACAACCAACUUGGCGUGAAAUCUCUAGUUUGGCGCCUCCGCUUCCAAGAUCUUGGCACAGCUCCUGUACCUUGGAUGGUACCAAGUUGAUAGUCUCUGGUGGUUGUGCAGAUUCUGGUGUGCUUCUAAGUGAUACUUUCCUGCUUGAUCUGUCUAUAGAGAAGCCUGUGUGGCAUGAGAUACCGGUGACGUGGACUCCACCUUCUCGUUUGGGCCACACGCUGUCUGUUUAUGGAGGCAGGAAAAUACUUAUGUUUGGGGGUCUUGCCAAGAGCGGUCCUCUGCGUUUUCGAUCAAGUGAUGUAUUUACCAUGGAUCUCAGCGAGGAAGAACCAUGCUGGAGAUGUGUUACAGGAAGUGGAAUGCCUGGUGCCGGAAAUCCUGGAGGCGUUGCUCCUCCACCAAGGCUUGAUCACGUGGCAGUAAGUCUCCCUGGUGGCAGAAUUCUGGUCUUUGGUGGGUCCGUUGCUGGUCUCCACUCAGCAUCUCGGCUCUACAUUUUGGAUCCAACAGAAGAGAAGCCUACAUGGAGGAUAUUGAAUGUACCUGGUCGGCCUCCAAGAUUUGCUUGGGGACAUAGCACAUGUAUUGUUGGAGGAACUAGAGCAAUAGUCCUCGG